CAUAGACCUGCGCCACCGCCACCUUCUGACAGUUUUUCACUGACAGUUUGCGCACAGUUUCUCGUCCGGUUUUUCUUCGAUAAGACGGGCAGCUGAACCGCAAAGCGAGUUGUGCGCCAUGCAGAGAGCCGCGUUCACCGCGCUGCGCGACGGGUCGCGUGGGAUUCGCCGGUGUUUAAAAUGCAGAGUGCCCCUGCAGCUGAGCGCACGCGCUUACGGUAUAGUCCCGACCCCGCGCGACAGUGAGGAGAAGGACAUGUUGGACCGGAUGCUGCGCGUGGACCACGCCGGGGAAUUCGGGGCCAAUCGCAUCUACGCGGGCCAGAUGGCAGUGUUGGGUCGAUCCAGUAUUGGACCCCUGAUCCAGGAAAUGUGGGAUCAAGAAAAGAAACACUUAGCGAAAUUCGAUGAGAUUCUGGCGGAGAACAGAGUUCGUCCCACAGCGCUGUUACCCAUCUGGAAUAUUGCUGGAUUUCUUUUAGGUGCGUCCAGCGCACUGCUGGGGAAAGAGGGCGCUAUGGCCUGCACGGUGGCGGUGGAGGAGAGCAUCGCCGAGCACUACAACAGCCAGAUAAGAGCUCUGAUGGCGAAGGACCCCGACAGAUACACACAACUCUUACAAGUUAUAAAGGAAUUCAGAGAUGAAGAGAUGGAGCAUCAUGAUACAGGAUUGGCGCAUGAUGCUGAAUCAGUUCCCGGAUACUGGCUCCUAAAAAACGCGAUACAGCUCGGCUGCAAAGCUGCAAUAUGUAUUUCUCAGCGUGUUUAGCAUUUAUAUUUCAAAUGAUUGAAAAGUGGCUCCACUGUGUGUUUUGAUAUGUUGACUUGGUUUGUAUAAAGUUAUUUGAAUUUGAA